CAACUGGAGUAACACUCAGUGAGCUAGCUUCCGAGCAAAGCCAUAGGCACUUGAAUAGUCCAACUUUUAAUGUAUUCAGCCUGAACCUAGCCAGCAUAGCCUAUCUAGGCGGGCUAUUUGUUCACACUAGCUAUUCCUUUUCUUUUUGUCGAUUCUAUUUUAAUAUAUUUCUACCGACUGAGAAUUUAGUCAAAUCUGUAGGCUGUCGAACAGAAUAUUACUGUGAGUCCCAACUUUUAAAGGAGGCUCACCUGGACACGUGGGAAACUGUAUGGACCAGACCUAAGAUGAAGAGUUUUAAAGCAAAGUUUAGGAAGAGCGAUGCCCAUGAAUGGAGCAAAAAUGAUGAGCGCCUCAUGGCAGCUGUGGAACAUGGGGAGGUAGAGAAGGUGACCUCCCUCCUCACCAAGAAAGGAGCCAGCGCGUUCAAACUGGACAGUGAGGGCAAGUCAGCUCUCCAUGUGGCUGCCACCCGUGGUCAAACUGAAUGUCUGGCAGUCAUGCUGGCCCAUGGAGCAGACACAUCUGUCAUAGACGCCUCAGGUCUUAGUGCUUUACACCUCGCUGCCAAAAACAACCAUCAGGAGUGUGCCAAAAAGCUUAUACAGAGUAAAUGUGUGUUGGAUACUCUGGACUGCUCAGGGAAGACAGCCCUUCACCACGCAGCUGCCAGUGGAAACAUUGUGAUUGUCCAAACCUUAUGUGAGCGCAAGUGUCCAGUGAACGUCAGAGAUAUGGAUGGCCUCAGCCCCCUGCUGCUGUCCGCCAGACACGCCCAUGCUGAUGUUUGUAGCAGCCUCCUGGACUGGGGAGCUGACGUCAACGCGUGUGAUAAGAACGGCAGGACAGCAGUGAUGCUGGCCAGUGAGAGCAGCAGUAUGUCUGUAGUGGAGGUUCUGGUCCAGAGAGGAGCUGUUCUUCAGGCUGUGGACUCUUUGGGUCAUGACGUUCUGCACUACGCCAAGCUGUCUGGCAGCAGUGAGAUCAGGGCCGUCCUCACUACCAAGUUGCACAGUGCACACUCAGACAGCGACACCCCAAAGUCCCCCAAAUCUCCUCAGAUGUCUAGUCCCAACUCUCCCGCGUACAUGACACCAAAUGAAACUCCAGUCUCCAGUAAAAGUUGUGGAUUUAAAACAUUUAAUUAUAAGGAAGGGGAGUUGCAUGGCAUGUCUCAGAGGGAGGAUGUGGAGAAGCUACAUGAGGAGAAGUGCAUGCUGCUGGAGACUAUUGAGAAUCUGAAGCAGAUUGUGGACCAGACUGUGACUAUAAACCAGACUGAGACGGAGCCGGGGCAGGAGCCCAAGGCGAAGGACUGUGGGAAGGCAGACUCAGCUCUGGUAGUGGCCCUACAUGCCAAGAUUACAGCUCUGUCUCUGGAGAACCAGCAGUUAGCCCAAAUACUCAAGAAGCGUCCGUCUCCCCAGGGAGGUGAGGUUAGCCAAGAGGACUCGUCCAGCCCCAACAGUAUGAACUCUAAUGCCUCCUACCACAUCACCCACAAGUCCCCCAGCGAGUCCCUGCUCCAGCCCCAGGGGACGGAGGAGGAGGACAUGUCUGAGGGGUCUGCCCUGGAGCUCAGUAGCUCCUCCGUGAGACAAGAGGAGGAAGAGAGUGGGGAGCGAGGGAAGGAGGGAGGCGAGGAUGAGAUCCGACUGCUGAGGGAGACCCUAGGGAGAAUCCACUCCAAACUGCAGGAGACGCAGAAGGAGAACCGCACGCUCCAUGCCAGGCUCAAACCUGAGCAGGGGGAGGUGACAGGGAGGGAGGGGGAGGUGCUGCUGGAGAGUCUAGCAGAGCUCCAGGCCAAGCUGACGGAGACACAGGAGAAACAUCAGCAGGCCAGAGAGGAGGUGCUGGCCCUCAUGGCACAUAUUGAAAGAGGAGAUGGUGGAGGAAUUGAAACGACAGAGCAAGAGCUCCAGAGACUGAGAAGCUCUCUGGAGCAGGAAGUGAAAGAGCUGAGGUCCCAGCUGGCCCAGUCAGAGCAGCAGAGGGAGAGUGAUGUAGGCCGGAUCAGAGAGCAGGAGGCCAGGCUGAAGGCAGCAGACGACAGUGGUGAUCGGGAGAAGAGCCUGCUGGUGGACCGGUACAAGGAGGCGCAGGAGGAGAUCAGGAUGCUGCAGGAGGCUCUGAGGGGGACGGUCCCCGUGGAGGCUGCAGCUAAUGACUUUGAGGAGAUGAAAGGCGAGCUGGGGAGCGUGAUCGAUGGGCUGCAGCGCCGCCUGCUGGAACUAUCCAAGUCCUACAGUGAGGCCAAGAGUGAACUGAGCUCCACCAGGAACCAUCUGGAGGAGAUCCGGGCUGUCAAGUCUAAGCCUGGCAGCCCUGUAGCCUCCCCAGACAAGGAGCAGGCCAUGCUGAGAAGCAGAGUAGAGGAGCUGCAGGCCUCGCUAGCCGACACACAGAGCAAGUACUCAGCCUCUCUGGAGGAGAUUGCCCUCCUGAAGCAGGAGGCUGAGGCUCAGGAAUCAGUGGCGUUAUCUGACCACACCCAGAUGGUGUCCUCUCUAGGCAGCGCCAUCAAGGACUUGGAGGCCCAGGCAGAUGCUCUAAGACAACAGCUGUCCCAGAGGACCUUGCAGGUGGACACCCUACAGAACAGACUGACCAUGGAGAAGGACCACACACCGGAUGACUCUAUAUCACGCCUGGAGCACGAGCAGAUGAGAGAGGGCCUGGAGAAGGAGGAGGGCAACCUGACGCAGCUCCUCCAGGGGGCCCUGAGGAAGCAGGAUGAGAUGGCUCUGGAGGCGGCUGCAGCGUGGCAAGAACUGAGGGAGGGGAGGAGUGAGAGGGAGGCCCUGCAGGAGCUGGCCAUCAGCAGGGAGAAGGAGAACCACACUCUGAGCACCAAGCUCAGAGAAGCCCAGGAUGCAAUUGUUCAGCUGAAGAAACUGGUGGAGGAACAUGUCAGCUCAGAGAGAGAGAAGAAUAAGAAGAUUGAUGACCUGUCGAGAGAGGUGGGGAAGUUAAAGGAUGCCUUAAACAGCCUAUCCCAGCUGUCUUACAGUGCAGGCUCAGCCAAGAGACAGCAGACCCUGCAGCAGCAGCAGCUGGACAACCUACAGCAGCAAGUCAAGCAGCUGCAGUACCAGCUAGGGGAGUCAAAGAGGCAGCACCAUGAGAUAGUGUCCGUCUACAGGAUGCAUCUCCUAUACGCCGUCCAGGGUCAGAUGGAUGAGGAUGUUCAGAAAGCCUUGAAGCAGAUUCUGAUGAUGUGCAAGAUGCCAACAGAAGCCAAAUUAAGUGUCUGAAAUGGAACAGCCUAUCUGUUUACUGACCAUGCUGGAGAGGAGACACAUGGAAACUAUAUCCUUGGUCUCCUAACCUAUCUGAUCUAUCACACUACAGCGCACGUGCGCCCAUCAAAAGCAAAGAUAAUGAUAAAAAUAAAAUACAUUCUUCAUCUGUCUACAAAUGUUGUCAGCAGGGAGCUAUGAAGACAAAGGUAGGAUGGCAGUCAAUAGAUUCGACUGCCAUCCUACCUUUGAACUAGCAGUGUUUGUUUUGUAAUGUUUUUUUAGUUUUCUAGUCUGGCUAACACCUAACUCAAAGUCCUCCUGACUUCACAGUGUGAAAAGGCUAUUUUGAUGUUGUCGGCAUGACCACUCACAGCCCCUGAGCGCCGUCCCUUCCAAUACAACUGUUGGAUUUUCAAAUCCAAACAACGUGAGGUCCCAACCCCCCAGGAAAGAAGCCAUUUUUGAGGGAACCAAUCAAAGCUCAACCCAUUUCAGCGCAAAUACUGCAUUUACGAACAGACUCCUUUCCAGACCAUUGUGUCACAGCUCUCUUUCGGCUGUGUACCAUGUGAGUCGCGUUAGCCAGGCUAAUGGUGUUCGUGAUAUAAUCAAAAUAAUUUUUUAGAUCUCUGCAUGCAACUUCCAAAAUCAACCAAAAAAGAACACUGCUAAACGCUUUAGCGACACUUCAAAUUAUAAAAGUAAUAUUUUCAAAUAUGAGCAAGACUUUUCAAGAUACAUUUAUAAAUUAAAACAAAGGUUGGCGGUUGUAUUUUUUAACAACCCUAUUUGGUGGUUUUUGUAUGAAUUCAAUAUUGUGUGUGAUAACCUAGGCCCUUUGUAGUGUCUACAAUCUGUGAAUGCCAAUUUUACCCAAUUGUGGGUUUUUGUCCUCAUUUACACCAUAUUCCUUUGGGAGUCUUUUUUAACUCAAUAUGACUUUAUGAACCGAAUUGACUUUUAAAAUAAUGAAACCCACCUUUUGUUGCUUCAACAAUUAUACUCAUUGAGCAAUAAUCCAGUACUUGAAGGGUGAUGUGGUAUCAGAGCUCUGGGUAGUCUCUCUAAGGACAGAACAUACCCAUGUGACUAAUGCACUUUCCUCAUGCUGUCCUCCUGUUCAAACUCUAUGGUCUGCAAGAAUAUAUGGUCUCUGCAGAUGACCUGUUACACCUUUGUUUUGUGCCAGCUCUUUUUGUGUUGAAACCUGACAGAUUUGUCUUGAUUCUUGAAGGGUUUAAAAGUUAUAUUGCAGUGUUCUUCUUCCAUGCUUUUGUAAUAUCAUUAUAGUGUAAGCUGUAUCAGGUAUUGUUUCUUGAUUUUUUUUUUUUUUGG